AACUGAACUCACCCGGAUCUGUGUUGGUACUUCAUUAGUGAGGCUUCAGUCAUCUGUCUGUGCACCUGUGUGUGUUCCUCACUAACACACCUGUGCACUCUCACGGGAGAGCGUAAAACUUAACGAGCUUUAACAUCAUCACCUGCUGUAAAGACCAGCUCAGCAACAUGAUCCUUUUUUAAAAUAAAAGAGUCGAACUUGCAUGUUUACUUCUUCUCUGACACUCUGUCACCGCUUUAGAAUCUUUUGUGUUUCUGUGUAUGUUGUGAUGACAUCAGAUCCAGUUUCUUAGUUCCUGAUGUUUGUGGUGUUGUUCCCCAUUCCGAGCGCUCAUGCUGUUGGCUUGCUUAACAUCUUUCUUUCCCUUUCUCCAGUGACUUGCUCCACUGUAUUCGUCUCACUGCUCUCUCUCUCAGCCCCUUUGCUUUUCAUCCUCCGUCUGCUUCCUUAUCAUCCUCUUGCUCUGUCUCAGUAUUUCUCUCUCUCAGUGCAUUUCUCUUCCUCUCUGUCAGUGCGUUCUCUUUCUAUCCUAGUGUGUUCUCCCUCUCUGUAUCAGUGCUCUCUCUCUCCAUCUCAGUGCAUUUCUCUCCUUCUCUCUCUGUCUCUCAGUACAUUUUCCUCUGCGUUUUUCUCUCCCUCCUCUCUCCUCUCUCUCUGAGUGCACAUUUCUUUCCCUCUCUCAGUUCAUAUCUCCCCUCUCCCUCUCUCAUUGCGUAUCUCUCCUCCUCUCAGUGUGUUUCUCUCUCCCUCCCUCCCUCCCUCCCUCCCUCCCUCUCAGUGCGUUUCUCUUUCUUGCGUUGCAGGGGGGUGCUGGCCCCCUCCUGCGGGUGGCACGCUGUAGUGCUGGCAGGGGAAGUGUGGGCCGUGUGCCAGGAGGAGGCGCCGUUGCACCCCUCGCUGUACCUGUGCCAGGUGUGGAGCCGGUCCCUGCUGGCGGGGGUCCUGUGGCUGGGCCUGGCUCUGUGCCUCCUCUUCCUGAGGGCCGUGGUCCGGCGCUGGUCUCCACAGCAGGGGGCGCCCUUCCUGCAGGCUCAGGAGGUCAUGAGAGAGAGGGCAGCUGUUCCGCUGGACAGCUCACCCAGUGGGAGAAGUCCGAAUGGACCUGUCCCAUUGGCCGAGGCUUUGAUGGACAGCUUGCUGCUGUUCCUGCUCUCUGAGACCCUGGACGACCCCUGUCCUGCCCACAUUCGGGCUCAUGCUCACAGACUUGAGAUGGUGAUGCAGACCCUGGACAGGGCAGACGUCCUGGGACACGGCUCGAAAAGGGGGCCGAGAGGGAGUGAGGAGCACCCGAUGCUGACCGACACCCUGCUGGGCGUCCGCACCUUCCUGCAACAGAGGGUCCUCUGGCUGCGUGCCCUGGCGCAGGCCCAGGGGGAUUAUGGGUACAGCAUGCAGGGUGCUAAAGAGGCGCAGGAGCAGCGCUGGGCCCUGCUGGGCCAGCUGCACAGCCAGGUCACCCUGAGGAAGAGGAAGAGGAGCGAGGCAGAGGAGCAGGUCCUUCUCGCCGUGAAGAAGGAGAGAGAAGGAGAGGAGGACAUUGAGGUGGCCCUGAGAAGUGUAGAGUGUUUCUUCGUGGACCUGGCUCAGUGCAAAGACAGGCUACAGCAGAGCCAUGCUCACCUGAGUGACAUCACACACCUGCUGCAGGACCUGGGGGCCAGUUUGCGGGCGCUGGGGGAGGGGGGAGACAUGGAGGUGAAGAGAGGAGGUGUGGAGGCGGAACCCCUGUGGACCGAACGCUUGCUCCAGUCCAGCACCCAGCAGUUUGACGAUGCGAUUCAGGACUUCCUGUCUCUGGAGAAGCUCACUUCCUGUUUCCAGACCCACCUGGAGGGUCUGCGGGCGGACCAGGUGGGGAACGGGGAACCCCGCUCACAUCCCAAACUCUCCUCCUCCUCCUCCUCGGCCCGCACCCCUGCCCCUCCCGUCCGCCCCCCCGGCACCCUCCCUCGACCCCACUGCCCUCCCCCCGCACCCCCCAAACCGCCACCCACCACCACGUCCCGCUCUCUGUGUGAGAGGUCAGCUGAGCGGCUCUCCUCCACCUUUACCUGGCUGCGCAGUUCUCUCAGGAAGGUGUGAGCUCUCACCUGUCCCCCCGCCCCCCCCCCAAACCCCACAUUCCACAGACCAGGGGGGGGGUCUGCUGGCUCCAGCUGUCACUCAGCGAUUAAGGAACUCCCCAUGCUACGCUGCAGGAACAGGAAGUACAUUACCACAGUAUUGUUCUGGCCACGCCCCCUUCGUGAGUAUACACAAAACCAUAGACCGUAAAAGAAAACAAAAAACAUAUCAAACUGGAUUUAUUUCUUUUUCUUUUGGUUUGGGUGGUUGGGGCGACAGAACUCUGUGCUGGUGAUUCUCGCAACACUGCCCCCUGCUGGAUAAGUAGCCGACGGCUCAUCCGCAUCACGUAUUUCAGGGAAGGAUUUUAACUCAAUGUGAAUGUAUAAUUUAUUUUGUACGUAUGUGUGCAUGUAUAUACUUUUGUUCUGAUUAAUUGUAAUUUGUUUCUAUUUUUCAUUUGUAUUGCAUUUGUAUCUGAUUUUUUUUUUUACUCCAGAUCUUUUAAAUGAUAAGAAAUGAACAAACUGAAAAUGAUUUUAAAGUGAAGUAGGUUUGGAGUAAAAUUUCAUUUCAAUUAAUUCAGUUGAGCAGAUGAACUGACAUUUAAGACACAGUGUCUGCUAAAUGCCAACAAUAUAAAUUAAGUUCAUGAACUGUAAAA